CUGUCGUACUUUUGUCGCUUACACAUACUUCGAACACUUAAAAUUCCUAUUGCCAUCUAAAAAGUUUUAAAUUAAAUUUUACUGCAAGCAAAAGUGCUUUCCAAUCUCCCCAGAGCAAAUAAACCCAAAACAUGUAUAUAAAGCUGUCAAAAAGCAAUUUCGUUCAAGCGAAAUGCGACACAGUACAAUUUUGCUGACGACAGUCGCUGUCUGUACAGUUCCCAUCGCGGGUGGAGCCCACAAGAAAGAUCAGACCCCCCAGAAGACACUGGCUUUAGCAACGCGAAUUGUUGGUGGAGUUAACGCCUCCAUCGAUGAAUAUCCUUACUUGGUCGCAGUAAAAAUAAGGGAUCGGCAGUAUUGUGGUGGCAGCAUAAUUAGCAACAGAGUUGUAUUGACUGCAGCGCAUUGUUUCCGAUAUGACAAUAAUCCGCGUCAUUACAGCAUUCAAUAUGGACAGACAAACCUAGGAAAUACAAAGAAUAUAAUACCAGUGCGAAGUUUUAUGAAGCAUCCAAAUUACUCCCCGAAAACUCUCGACUACGAUGUUGCUUUGAUAUUCCUCGUUAAAUAUAUAACACUCGGGCCAAAAGCCCAGAUCAUUAAGUUGGCCCUUAACAGACCGAUAUCUGGCAGCCGUGUCAGCAUUGCCGGUUGGGGUGCUACUCAAUACGGCAGUAGUGGAUCAACAAAUUUGCUUUCGGUUUACUUGUAUGUCCUAACACCGAGAGAGUGUGCCAAACGAUAUAGAAACAUUUAUCGAAUAACUCCACGUAUGAUAUGUGCUGGUGCGCAUGUUGAAGGUAGAGACUCUUGCAGUGGCGAUUCUGGUGGGCCGUUGGUCUUGCGUGGUGUUCAGGUAGGGAUAUGCUCGAAUGGUGCUGAGUGUGGACAUAAGAAGUAUCCUGGGGUUUAUUGUAAUGUGGCUGCAGUUCGAAAUUGGAUCGAAAUGAAUAUGGAGCCAGUUUGGAAGGGCUGAUUGUACAAGCAAAAUUUUACAUUAUUAUUCAAAAAAAUAAACUGAUGAUAGAACGAUA